CUCUCACACUCACUCUCUUUCCCUCCCUCUCAGCAGCAGGACCCAGUGCUGGUUUGAUUUGCUAUUGGAUUAAAAUAGCAUCACCCGUCCUGCCCUCUCAUGCCUGGGCCGCAGGGUGCAGUCACAGCAUUGUUUGGGAGCAGCAGGAAUGUGAAGAUGGCUGCAGACCUGGGAGAGCUGCUUGUCCCUUACAUGCCCACCAUCAGGGUGCCCAAGUCUGGGGACAGGGUCUACAAGACAGAGUGUGCCUUCUCCUAUGAAUCCCCGGAAUCAGAAGGAGGCCUGUAUGUUUGUAUGAGCACAUUCUUGGGAUUUGGAAGGGAACAUGUAGAACGGCAUUACAGAAAAACAGGACAGUGUGUUUACAUGCACCUGAAGCGCCACAUUAGACCAAAGCCAACUGGUGCAUCCGGUGGAGCCCUGCCAAGGAGAAGAAAUGACAAACUAUUUCUAGAUCUGGAUAACAAUAUUGACUUGAAUGCUGAUGAUUAUGAAUAUGAAGAUGAAGCUAAGCUUGUGAUAUUUCCAGAUUACUUUGAAAUAGAGUUACCAAAUAUAGAGGAGUUGCCGGCGCUGGUUACAAUAGCUUGUGAUGCUGUUCUUAAUGCAAAAUCUCCAUACCGAAAGCUGGAAGCAGAGUCCUGGGAAGAAGAACUGCAGGUUUCAAAGUUUGCCAAUAACCUUGUGCAAAUAGACAAUGGUGUUAAGAUUCCACCAAGUGGUUGGAAGUGUGCGAAAUGUGAUCUUCGAGAGAACCUGUGGCUAAAUCUGACAGAUGGUUCGAUCAUGUGUGGGAGAUGGUUCUGCUCGGGAAGUGGUGGGAAUGGACAUGCGUUGGAGCACCAUAAACAAAUGGGAUAUCCAUUGGCAGUAAAACUUGGAACGAUAACACCAGAUGGAGCAGAUGUUUAUUCGUUUGAUGAAGAGGAGGCCGUUUUAGAUCCUCAUCUAGCCAAGCACCUAGCACAUUUUGGAAUUGAUAUGUUACAGAUGCAAGGGACAGAAAAUGGUAUAACAGACAAUGAGGUGAAACCAAGGGUUAACGAGUGGGAAGUUGUUCAGGAAUCAGGACUGAAGCUGAAACCAAUGUUUGGCUCAGGCUACACCGGCAUUAAAAACCAAGGGAACAGUUCCUACCUCAGCACAGUAAUGCAGGUCAUCUUCAGCAUACCGGAGUUUCAGAGAGCGUAUGUUGGAAACCUUACAAGAAUAUUUGAUUAUGCUCCCUUGGACCCAACUCAGGAUUUCAGCACACAAAUGGCAAAACUAGGCCAUGGUCUACUUUCUGGACAGUUUUCAAAACCUCCAAUAAAAUCUGAGCUGAUUGAACAGGUGAUGAAGGAAGAACACAAGCCUCAACCAAAAGGGAUUACAACACGAAUGUUUAAAGCCUUAGUGAGUAAAGGACACACUGAAUUUUCCUCAAACAGACAACAAGAUUCAGGAGAGUUUCUCUUGCACCUUAUAAACCUGGUAGAGAGGAACAGCGUUGGUUCAGAAAAUCCUAUUGACGUCUUCCGGUUCUUAGUGGAAGAGAGAACACAAUGCUGCCAGUCGCGGAAAGUUCGUUAUUCACAGAGAGUUGACUAUCUCAUGCAGUUACCUGUAGCUAUGGAAGCAGCCACAAAUAAAGAUGAACUGAUUGCAUAUGAGCUGAAAAAACGUGAAGCAGAGACUGCAAGAAGACCUGUCCCUGAACUAGUGCGUGCAAAGAUCCCAUUUAGUGCUUGCUUACAGGCCUUUUCAGAACCUGACAAUGUAGAUGACUUCUGGAGCAGUGCCCUUCAAGCCAAGUCUGCAGGUGUUAAGACAUCUCGAUUUUCUUCAUUCCCUGAAUAUUUGGUAGUCCAGAUAAAGAAGUUCACAUUUGGCCUUGACUGGGUACCUAAAAAACUUGAUGUGUCUAUUGAUAUGCCUGAUCUUCUUGACAUAAACCAUCUCAGAGCAACAGGUCUGCAGCCUGGAGAAGACGAACUACCAGAUAUUGCUCCACCUAUUGUCAUUCCAGAUGACCCAAAAGAUCGUUUGAGGAAUCAUUUCAUGGAGCCUCCUGAUAUAGAUGAGUCUUCAGUCAUGCAACUGGCAGAAAUGGGCUUUCCUUUAGACGCUUGUCGCAAGGCUGUGUACUACACAGGAAAUUUUGGGGCAGAAGUGGCCUUUAACUGGAUAAUUGCACACAUGGAGGAACCAGAUUUUGCAGAACCGUUAAUCUUACCUGGAUAUGGUGCUGUGGCCUCAACCUCCUCCCAUGUGCAGAACACACCACUGGAUCAGCCUCCUGAAGAGAUUGUGGCACUAAUUUCAUCUAUGGGAUUCCAGAGAAGACAAGCGAUUCAGGCCCUCAAAGCAACGAACAAUAAUCUGGAGCGAGCUCUGGACUGGAUCUUCACUCAUCCUGAGAGUGAAGAGGACAGUGAGAUGGCUUCACAAUCCACAGACGCUGAAAAUAAUGCUAACAACGGCAUCCUCACAGAUGGUCUACAGGAAGGACCUAGAGUCAAAGAUGGAAAUGGAAGAUAUGAACUGUUUGGAUUCAUCAGCCAUGUUGGAACAUCAACCAUGUCUGGACAUUAUGUUUGUCAUAUCAAGAAAGAAGGAAGGUGGGCGAUUUACAAUGACCAUAAAGUUUCUGCUUCAGAGAGACCACCUAAGGACUUAGGCUACAUUUACUUCUAUCACAGGAUAUCGUGUUAAGCUAUAUUGGAGUUUCAGUACCUGAGGAAAAGCUAUAACCUUUCCAAGAAGCUGCAAAAAUGCAAAAAGGAAAUCAAUAAAAAAAAAAAAGUUGGACUGGAAGAAAAACCUAAAAUAUUUUGAAAUAUUUAUAGAGUAUUUAAAAAAGGAGUUUAAUAUUUGCUUUCUUAAGCAUUCAACUGGAAAUUUCUAUUACAAAGAAGUAUUAGUUUUAUGUCACUGUAUACAUAUGAGAUUGUUCUUUCUUUAGUGCCUAAGGCUAGAAAUGUCUGCCUUUUUUAAAGCCAAUUCCAGGAAUAUGCUGUUAUAGAGAUUUGUACCUUUUGACUUUUUAAAUCUGGAAGGGAACUGGAGGGUAGAGAUUAAGCCUUCAAAUGUCAGUACUAUACAGAUCUGCUGUGUAGUUUGAAAUUGCUAUGGUCUAUUUACUUGUAAUUCUUACUAGUAAUCACUAGAUGGCAGCACCCUUCUGUUGGUGUAUAUUUAAAUCAUGAAACAUCUGAAGGAAAAACUGAAAAUGACCUAAGAUUUAGCAUUAGUAUUCUAUGAAAUGCUAAUCAUAUUUUAUAUUAUAAAGCCUUCAACAUACACAAAAAACUGUAUUGCACAUCACUGAUAAAACUGAUAUGUGAAAACAUC